AUGAAGCUAAAGCUAAUGACGAGGAAUAUUGAGAAGCUCAAAGACACAUUGGGUCUUAUAUCUCAUCUACGGAAGUUUGUGAUACUCAAAAUCACGCCGAAAGAACUCAAUGUCAUACUGGUAAACACUGGAUCCGUUAACUUGGAGCCACAAGUUUGGUGCAAGUUUAACACUUCAAGUUUAUUCGAAAGCAUGGAAAUUCAGAGUAUGAGAGAUAAUACUAUUCUGAUGGAAAUAAACAUCGAUUUACUCCUACAAACUUUGAGAAAUUUUGAUAAAGCCAAUAGUGAAGGGUUGAAUAUAAGGCUACAGAGGACAGAUGCAAGUGGAGAACAAGGAACAAGUACAAAAAAUGGUCGAACAGCGUCACUAGCUUUAUUUUAUUCCAAUAUCAAUAUCAACUCCAAUAUUAUCAACCAUACAUUCAGGAUACCGGUAAAGAUUCUAAAAGAAGCUCAAGACUUUUUUCAACAACCGUCCCACACUGAAGUUGGAUUGAUAGUGAGGCUACCGAAUGAAUUUGUAACCAUAUUCAAACGCUUGGAGAAAUUCAAGAAAACCUCCUUCAAUGAUAUAGUCUCUAUACAAGCAAGCAAUAGAGACGUUGGGAGCUUACGAUUUGUUUUGGAAGAAGAUGGCAAGUUUAAAGUGACGGUGAGUUGGAAUAGUAAACUAGAAUUUCACAAACCUAUUUCAACCGAUGCCGAUACCAUUCGAGAAUCAUUGAGAAAUGUUGAUACAAUGAUACUGGAAAGCUCAUUUGGCCCAGAAGUGUUGAAUAUCAAUGUCAAAUUGAAGGACUGGCAGCUGGCAUCGAAAAUCGUGGGACGAUGCAGGACGGUGGUUUUGUGUAUAGGGCCCGGGAACUGUAGUCUCCAUUGUUUAUUAGACGAGACUGAUGAUGUUGAACUAGUCUAUUUCAUUAAUGGUGUUAGAAGUGUGUAA